ACCCCUCUCCAGGUUAUGUCAUUUAACGGCUCGCCGGUCUGUCUGCCCUGCAGGAUUGUGGAGCAGACCAUCACCACGGCAGAGUUUGUCACGCAGGCCAUAGACAUCAACGAGCCAAUCGGAAACCUCAAAAAGCUGCUGGAGCCCCGCCUCCAGUGCUCUUUAGAUGACCAUGAGAUCUGUCUGCAGGACAUCCAGCUGGACCCCAACUUCAGCCUGUUUGACCAGGGGGUGAAGACCGAUGGUACGGUCCAGCUCAGUGUGCAGGUCAUCUCCAGGCAAGGAGUGGAGCCCCGGCUGAACAUCCUGGAGAUCGUGAAGCCGGUGGAGACGGUGGAGGUGGUGAUCGACCCGGACGCGCCGGCGGGGAUGGCUGAGGAGACGCAGCUGGUGGAGGACGGGCAGGUGAUCACGCUGGACGGCUCGCAGACGGUGGGCGGCGCCUUGGUGGCUGACGAGACCUCGGAGCAGGUGACCCGCUGGGCUGCUGCCCUCGAGGGCUACCGCAAGGAGCAGGUGCGCCUGGGCAUCCCCUACGAUCCGGUGCAGUGGACAGCGGACCAGGUGAUCCACUGGGCGAUGUGGGUGAUGAAGGAGUUCGGCAUGCUGGACGUGGACGUGUCGGGCAUCCACAUCGCGGGCCGGGAGCUCUGCAGCCUGACGCAGGAGGACUUCCUGCAGCGCGUCCCGCACGGGGAGAUCCUGUGGAGCCACCUGGAGCUGCUGCGCAAAUACGUGCUGGCCAGCCAGGAGCAGUCCGGACAGAUUGCUACCGUCACCAUCGAUCAGCCGGUGCAGAUCAUCCCAGCCUCGGUGCAGCAAACCGCUCCGACCGCCAUCAAGGUCCUGAGCAGCAGCGCCAAGCAGAACAAGGUGCAGCGGGCGCCGCGCAUCUCCGGGGGCGAGGACCGCAGCUCCCCCGGCAACCGCACCGGCAACAACGGCCAGAUCCAGCUCUGGCAGUUCCUGCUGGAGCUGCUGACGGACAAGGACGCGCGUGACUGCAUCUCCUGGGUGGGCGACGACGGCGAGUUCAAGCUGAACCAGCCCGAGCUGGUGGCGCACAAGUGGGGGCAGCGCAAGAACAAGCCCACCAUGAACUACGAGAAGCUCAGCCGGGCGCUGCGGUAUUACUACGACGGGGACAUGAUCUGCAAGGUGCAGGGGAAGCGCUUUGUGUACAAGUUUGUGUGUGACCUCAAGACGCUGAUCGGGUACAGUGCGGCCGAGCUCAACCACCUGGUGACGGAGUGCGAGCAGAAGAAGCUGGCCAGGAUGCAGCUGCAUGGGCUGGGCCAGCCACUCACCACUGUCACCCUGGCAACCGCAGCCCUGCACGGGGAUAAGGAUAGCAGCUGAGGGGGCACUGGGGAGACUUGGGGGGGGGGGGUAGAGAGACUGGGGGAUUCUGGGACAGGG